AGAAAGUAUUUAAUAAAUCAGUGUUCUGGAAGACACAUUGUUGAGAGACGAACCGCUCUGCAUCAUGACUUCACUUACGAAAAUUAUAUUUCGACUUUUACCACUCGGAAUUGUACUGUUAAUUGCGACAGUACAUAAUUCCUUGAACGAUUAUAAAUAUAUUGAAGCGGAAAAAAGCAUUGUUAAACCACAAGUAUCCCGGCAUCGACGAGCGAUUAAUCCUAAAACUGUAUUACGUUAUUGCAAGUUCAAUCAGUAUUAUGACCAAGAAGAAGGACGUUGUCUAGGCGUUCCCGGAGGUGGUAAAGUGCUUCAUGUUGAGAAUGGACAAUCUUGCGGCAUCAACAUUUUAAAACCGCAUUGCACCAGCUCUUUGUAUUAUUACAUCUGUAAACGUGACAAGUCGAUUCUAGCGCAAUGCGCAAACAGACAGAUUUUCGAUAAUCGUCUACAACGAUGCGCGUACUACGAUUCAAGCAAAUUGACUCCCAGCACCAUUCAACUGAACGAUCACGAGUAUUAUGAACACGUUAAUGUAUCAAAAUUUCCGGUGCCAAACUGCACGGCACUCGGCCAGUUUCCCAUACCCGAUCAUUGUUCUAUGUUUUACACUUGCGAUACGAAUGGACAUAGACUCCACCAGAGCGUCUUUAAAUGUCCGCGAAACACGGGGUAUCAACCAAACAGAAGAGUAUGCGCUGUUAUGUCAGACUGUGAGAACAAUGACUCGAUAGAUUCCAUUUGUGUUCCAGAUGCGCUUGAUGAAAAUGUCGAAUCAUUAAAUUCUAAAGAAAUUACAGAAGAAAACAUUAAAGAAAUAUCUGAAGAAAGCGAAAUCAGAAAUGUAAACGAUUCUACUUCGAAAAAGGAGGAAAACAUAAACUUUAGGACCUAUGAUAUUAUCUCUACUACUCCUGAAAGCAUAACAAGUAACACACUAUCAGUGAACAAUUAUGGAGAUAAUGAUGGCGAUUUAUACGAAGCAAGUUCAUUGCCCACACAACCAAUCCAAGACAUUUCAGUAUCUGAUUCUGAAACAUCAAUGCUCAAACAAGCACUGACUCCGACCGAAAGCGCACGAGAAGUACAGAACGAGAAGUCCGACUUAAUAUCGCCAUUAUAUUUACAAAUCACAUCACCGCCAACGGUAGAACUCGAUGAUAACGAGCCACAUUCCAUAAUAACACCGAUGACCUCGUCGCCAGUGUAUAGUGCAGAUAUGAAAAAUUCCAACAUUGAUAGUGAGACAGCUGAUAUUACUCCCUUUUCUACAGUUAGCUAUAUAUCGAAAUUAGAUGAAAGAAUGCAGGAUAUAACAACGGAACAGUAUAAUAACUAUGAAACAAUGAAAUUACCGAAUUCAAACACUGAAACUCUUGAUCUGUAUUCCCCAUCAACAAUAAGUAAUACUCCAGAAUUCUCUUCAAUCAAUAAGUCAUUGAACGUAGACGAAGAAAAGCUGGAUGUGACUGGAGCAAUCGAUUUAUAUCAGACAUCAACAAUAAGUAAUGUACCAGAACCUUCUCUGAUUGUCGAUACGCCAUCAAAAUUGGGUGAAGAAACGCAGGACACAACCACAGAAGAAUAUAGAAAUAAUGAUGACGCAAUAAUGACACUAUCGAAUUCAAACACUGAAGCAAUUAAUUUAUAUCCGACAUCCACAAUAAAUACUAUAUCAGAAUUCUCUCCUAUCAGUGAAACAUCAUCUAAAUUAUAUGAAGCAAUGCAAAAUGCGGCUACAGAACAAUAUGGAAAUGACGACGGAAUAAUGACAUCACCAAAUCCUAACAGUGAAAUAGUUGAUCAGAAUCCAACAUCAAUAUUAAGCGGUAUAUUUGCAACCACAGAGAGUCCAAGAGAUGAUUUUGAUACUUCUACAUCGGCAUCUGCAAUUUUAUCACCACAAGCAGAUAUCAAUGACGAUCAGUAUACCAAAGAAUUAUUUAAAACUUCUCCUUCCGUUGAUAGUAAACUCAUUGACCCCAACUUAGAUACGCCGGAAGCAAUCGAAAAUGUUUCUACUGGAUAUUCAUUCGAACAUACUGACACUUUAGAUUUAGCAUCGACGACAAAGUCCAUUUUAACUCUGGAACACGUAACUGCAUCAAUGGACAUUACGACUAUAACACCCAUAAUACAAAAUUUAUCUGCUAUUUCAGACACAGAUCUAGUAGCACAGAAUGAUAAAGAUAGCACAGAAGUAUCGUCCUUUGAGCAAGAUAUUCCGCUUAAAAAUAAUUAA